AAUUAAGAGGACACGUUGCGUGCGCAUAACGAAUAAAAAUUAAUGGCAGCUUCACUGUGGUAGCGAAAGUGUUGUAAAACAACAUUCGAUAGAAGAUGAGGAAUUAUUUUGUAUUAUUAGCUCUACUCUACACAUCAACAUGUUAUGGACUGUAUUUCCACAUGGGUGAAACGGAAAAGAAAUGUUUUAUAGAAGAAAUUCCAGAUGAAACUAUGAUAACAGGAAAAUACCGUACACAGCUUUUUGAUGAUUCUGCAAACGAUUACAUGCCAGCCAGUCCUGGUAUUGGGAUGCACGUAGAAGUUCUUGACCCAGAAAAAAAGGUGGUGCUGUCAAAGUUUUACGCUUCUGAAGGUCGUUUUACCUUUACGUCGCACACUCCUGGAGAGCAUCAUAUAUGUUUACAUACAAACUCAACGAGAUGGAGUUUAUUUUCAGGUGGUAGACUGCGAGUCCAUUUGGAGAUGUUAGUUGGUGAACAUGCGAAUGAUUACGCUGUGAUUGCAGCGAAAGAUAAAUUAACAGAAUUACAACUUAGAAUGAGACAACUUCUCGAUCAAAUUGAUCAAAUUACAAAGGAGCAAGCAUAUCAAAGGGUAAGAAGGUCCUACGAAAAAACCACAUUAAGUGCAUUUGGUAAAAGAGUACCGCGAAGAACGCUUUCGAACGACAAGUGAAAGCACUAACCAGCGUGUGUUAUGGUGGGCGUUGCUACAAACACUGGUUCUCCUAGCUACUGGCUUUUGGCAAAUGCGUCAUUUGAAAGGAUUCUUCGAAGCAAAGAAAUUGGUGUGAAUAAUCGCGUAGAAAGAAUUUUAUAAUUUUAUUGAGUAUGAGAACAGAUCGAUAUAUUGUUUUGUUUCGAAGUGAAAAUGUCUUAUUUGAUAAGAUUUGUGCAAAUAUUAGGAUGUUUUUAAGAAAAGGUAUUUAUCUGCUUUUUUAACGUCAAUAGCUGUACGCAAUCUCAUGUCCUGCUCGAGCGUCAACAAACUCUUCUCCGUUCCUUCCUCUUAAUACUUCCAGUUUAUACCUAAAUGCUUAAAAUCAAACGUUUGUAGUUGUUUUUUCUUAAGAGUUUGUUUUAUGUGGUUUUCUUUCGGGCAGGUUUUUUGCUUGCAGUUUUUUGGUUUGUGAAAGGUAUAAUAAUUGCUACAAACGUAUUUAAAAUUAUUCUACCCGCAGAAUAAAUGCAAUUGUAAAGAAA